AUCAUCAGGCAUGCAAGUUAUAGGCCCAACAUACCAGUACGAGAAAACAGGGUACCGGCAUUAAUUCUGUAUAGGCUAAGCUAUACUUUUUUGUCGUUGUCAGCGAUAAAGCUUUGAUAAUUAACGCGUUUCACAGGUUUUGCUUUCUACUAGCGGAUGGAGGAGUGGAUGUAGUUGAAAGAAUAAGUCAGUAGCUCGCAAUUGUUUACGUGUUUGUGAUCGAUAUGUGACUUUGCUACUGCUAGCCGUCAUAACAAUUUGGGUCAGUGCAAGUCUUCCCAGGAUUCCUCUGGAUAAACAAACUCUGACGUACAAACAUGGCGGCGCGCAGUUUUGACAGCGACAGCAAUAACAGCUUAGCGCCAAUUGAAUUCCAUUUCACAGCGUCUGUGGACAGUUGCUUAGGUCUCAGUGUAGCAGUUGAAAGAUGUCCUUUGUGCUGUAGCUCAAGACGACCAUUUUAUUGCAAGACAUGUAUCCUAGAUGGACAAUUUCCACAUUCAUCCGAUGACGCAUCAGAAAUGUACAGUAGCAGGUUACAGAAAUGGGAAGCACAGAAGAAGGAAAGAGAGAAGCUUCUUGAAAGAAUACAAAAAGCAGUGCAACAGAAACAUGCAAUUGGAUUAAAGCACAGUGCCCUAGAACAGUGCCGACAGACUAUAUCACUAUUACGCAAAGCCUUAGCAAAGAGUCAAGAAGACCUCAGUACUGAUGAAAUGACAUUGAAAAAAUUGCAAGAGUCUCAGAUUGGGAAAAGCAGAAAAUCGGUGAAGCGUAGAGAAAAGAUAGGGAAAAUAAAUCAGUACAUAGCCCAUGUACAGGGUUUGACAGAGAAGAACAAAGGGUUGCUCCAGCCAGUGGCUGAGGAGCUGAGGCUGAUGAGAAAACAUCACGUGGAGAAGCUAGUCUCUAAUAUAUUCCCAGUUACAGAUAUACAGCCAAGGAGUGAGCCUGACAGUCUUGCCCUUAGCACAGUGAGUGCCUUGAAGGAUGCCUCCCACACUGCUUACAUCAAGGGGAGAUGGGUGUAUGCUGACCAUAAUGGAGACUUACAGUAUAAAGUGGUGGAAAGCACUCUCCCUGGCAGUGGGGACUACUCGGCUUAUAAUUUAUGGAUUGCCACAAGCAAAGAGAAUGUGACGACCGCGUCUGAGACCAAAGCUAACCAGCGGAACCCAGCGUAUGCAAUCAGUGCUGCCCUCUGUUACACUGCUCAGCUGACCACUGUCCUAGGACACAUCCUUGACUUGACAUUGCCACGGAAACUCUGCUACAGUGAGUUUUGUGGAGAUGACUUGACUGAGAAACAGUUUAACAGCUGUGUGGCCCGUCUGAAUGAGAACAUCCUGUACCUGUGUUUCUCACAGGGCGUAGACCUGGACCUGGUCUUCCCACGCCACACACUCCACAACAUCUUAGCCCUCCUCAGUUCUCCCCACCUGGGCAGGGAAUCAGCCUUUGAGGUGAACCCAGAAUUGGUGGAGUCCAUUGAGGAGGAGAUUCUGCCAUCUGAUGACAGUGAGGAUGAACGGAGGAUGUCAGAUGAUGAUGCAGACCUUGGGCUGGAGUGGGAGAGGGUACCACAGGAGCUGGCAGAUUAUGACUUCCAAACACACACCAGGUCACUCAGUAGUGGCUCCUCAGACCUCCAGCAAGGCACGCCCACCACUCCGCUCAUGUCACAGACCACCCAGCUACCAACAGGCCUUAUGUCCUCAGCCGCGGCCUCCGUGGCCUCAUUCUGGCGGGCAGCCACUGGGCACUUUGAACGCAGAUGACGUCAGCAGAACCAAAGAAUCAACAUAGGAUUCUUUAAGUGCAUGCGAGGAAGUUUUAAUGAGCCAUAGGACCAAAUCUUUUGGAUGUUUUGUGCUUGAUGCGUGUACAGGCAUUGGUCCACAGAUAGUCUUAAUAACAUGACCUGUUAGCGAUUCGUUUAUGCAAAAUUGUGUUUUAAGGUAUUUAUAAAAAGGAAAAACUUUUAAGAUGAACUGUUUAAAACUACACAUUCUUGUAGAGGUGUAAGAAUGCUUUGAUGUGAGAGGUGUAAAUGAAGUGAUUGAUUGUAUUUUUUAUGUCAUGUCCCAGUAUGUUUAUGUGAUCCAGAAGGGCAUGGUACUAGGGGCCAGAUUCAUGAAGUGCACUAAGCUGAGUAAGUCCCUAACUACCAUAACAACCUGUGUUGUAAAGGCAUGAUGUGCACUUAGCUAAGGACCACUUAAAUGACCUAAAAAUUUGAAAGAGCAUUUUUGGAGGCGAAAAAUUGUCAUGAGAUAUUACUUCUGGUGCUAAAAUUUACAUUUUCCCCAGUAGGAUGUCAUCCUACCUUCAAAACUCCUCUGAAAGCACCUUUCUAGAAUCAGUAGAACUCCCAGAGUCUGGAAAAAUGAGAAACUUAUUCAUGGACGAAAUUUUAGGUCAGUUAGGUACUCUUGAUGAGAACUGGGGCCCAGUACUUUUUUGAUCAAAACAAGCUAUGUGACAUGCUUGUGAGGUAAAACAAGCUAUGUGACAUGCUUGUGGGGCAAAACAAGCUAUGUGACAUGCUUGUGAGGCAAACAAGCUAAGUGACAUGCUCAUGAGGCAAAACAAGCUAUGUGACAUGCUUGUGAGGCAAAACAAGCUAAGUGACAUGCUCGCGAGGCAAAACAAGCUAAGUGACAUGCUUGUGAGGCAAAACAGGCUGUGUGACAUGCUUGUGAGGCAAAACAAGCUAAGUGACAUGCUCGUGAGGCAAAACAAGCUAUGUGACAUACUUGUGAGGCAAAACAAGCUAAGUGACAUGCUUGUGAGGCAAAACAUGCUAAGUGACAUGCUCGUGAGGCAAAACAAGCUAAGUGACAUGCUUGUGAGGCAAAACACUCUGUGUGACAUGCUUGUGAGGCAAAACAAGCUAAGUGGCAUGCUUGUGAGGCAAAACAAGUAUGAUGCACAUUUGCAAAUUCACAAAUUCUGGCAUGGAUGUCUUCGACCCCCAGCUUGUGGAAUUUAGGACUAGAGUGGACAUAAAAAAUUAUCCUCUCCACCAGUCUUUCAUUGAAUUUUAAAAU